CAUCGAACUGAAUCUUCUCUACAAACGAGACCCAUUUCUACGAUCAGUUCCCGCCGAACACCCGAACGAAUCACAUCUCAUCGUAAAAAGACCGCACCUUAACUCAUCACCGAUCAAUCCGAUGACCCGCGGAUGACCACAACGCCGACAAUGUCCGCAAAUCCGAUCACCAUUUUGAUCGUGAUCCUUGCCGCGGCAGUCCUGCUUGACGCCGGUAUUGUUCGCCAGCGACGAUCUGAAUCCAACGAGAUUCCACUGACUGAGCAAGAAACCAAGGCCCGUGUGGUUCUGGAACGGUGCGAACGCCGCUACCAGGAGGGCAAAGCCAAAGAAACGCAUGCGGCAUGGGCGUACACGUCGAACCUGACCGAGUACAACCUGAUCAAGAAUACGGAGGCAGCGACCGAAUUCGCUGCCAUACAAAAGUCUGUGGCGGAGGAGCUGCGUCAGUUUGAUUACCGAACGUUCAGGAAUGAAGAUCUGAAGCGACGGUUUAAGCGGUUGGCCGUGCUGGGCUAUGCAGCGUUGCCGGAGGAUAAGUUUAAGGAACUGUUUGGAGCGGUAUCCAGCAUGGAGUCGAAUUACGCCAAGAUCAAGAUCUGCUCGUACCGUGACAAUACAAACUGUCACAUGACGCUGGAUCCGGAGAUUACGGAGCUGUUGGGGAACAGCCGUGACCCUGAAGAGCUCAAGUACUACUGGGUUGAGUGGUACAACAAGGCGGGAAAGCCUACCAGGGAGUCGUUCCAGAAAUACGUUGAUCUGAACAAGGAGUCGGCUAAGCUGAACGGUUUUAGCAACGGUGCCGAGGUUUGGCUGGACGAGUACGACGAUCCAACGUUCGAGCAGCAGGUUCAGGACGUGAUCACCCAGAUCAGACCGCUGUACGAGCAGAUCCAUGCGUACGUUCGACACAAGUUGCGCCAGAAGUACGGCGAUGCCGUCGUCUCGAAGAAGGGACCGAUUCCGAUUCAUUUGCUGGGCAACAUGUGGGGACAGACCUGGGAAGGAAUCGCCGACUUGACGACUCCGUUCCCCGAGAAGAAGCUUCUGGACGUGACCGAUGAGAUGAUUGAGCAGGGUUACACCCCGUUGAAGAUGUUCCAGAUGGGUGAUGACUUCUUCCAGUCGCUGAACAUGACCAAACUGCCACAGGACUUCUGGGACAAGAGCAUCCUGGAGAAGCCGAAAGACGGACGCGACCUGGUUUGUCACGCCAGUGCGUGGGACUUCUUCGCCACGGACGACGUCCGUAUCAAGCAGUGUACCCGGGUCAACAUGCGCGAAUUCUUCGUCGUUCACCACGAGUUGGGUCACAUCCAGUACUACCUGCAGUACCAGCAUCAACCGAUCGAGUACCGCAAAGGAGCGAACCCGGGCUUCCACGAGGCCGUCGGUGACCUAUUGUCGCUGUCCGUCUCCACCCCAAAACACCUCAAACAAGUCGGACUCCUCAAGGACUACGAAGAGGACGAACAGGUCAAGAUCAACCAGUUCUACCGAUCGGGCGUCACCAAGUUCGUGUUCCUCCCGUUCGCCUACACCUUGGACAAGUACCGCUGGAGUGUGUUCCGGGGUGAGAUCAAACCAGAAGAGUACAACUGUCGCUUCUGGCAGCUUCGCAGCGAGUACUCCGGCGUUGAACCACCGGUGGUCCGCACCGAGCAGGACUUUGACCCUCCCGCCAAGUACCACGUCUCGGCGGACGUCGAAUAUCUGCGCUACUUUGUGUCCUACAUCAUCCAGUUCCAGUUCCACAAGGCCGCUUGCACGCUGGCAGGCGAGUACGUUCCCGGAGAUGCGGAGAAGACGCUGAACAACUGCGACAUCUAUCGCAGUGCAGCCGCUGGAAACAAGAUCAAGGAAAUGCUCGCCCUCGGAGCCUCCAAGUCCUGGCCGGACGCGAUGGAGGUGCUGACCGGGGAGCGUAAGAUGAGCGCCGACGAUAUCCUGGAGUACUUUAAGCCGCUACAGGACUGGCUGGUGGAGGAAAACAAGCGGCUGGGGGCGCACGUCGGCUGGACGGCGACGGAUAAAUGUGUCGCGCAAAAGUUUGACUUUAUGCCGUGAGAAAAGCUCAAUUGAUGAUAUUUUUUGACUGUCUGGAACAUUUGUUAUUCGUAUAAUUGAUUCUAUUGAAAAUAAAUACAUAUUGAUUUUAA